CUUUCAGUUGCAAAAGUGUAGCAAGAGCGUGUACAACGCCAAUCGGACUAUAGAUCCGGCCAAAAAAAAAAAGUUGAACAUCCAAGGCAGACACUGAACAACAAAAACAACAACUAAAAGAAAACUCUGCAUUUAACCAAAAAAGAAUAGUGAAAGAAGUGAAGUUAUUUUUAAAAACCACUUUGAAGUGUACAGACACGGGGAGAAAGAAAAACAAAGAAUAAUUUUCAUAUACAUACAAACAAAAUAAUAAUACAUUUUGAAACAAAAAUAAUGCAGUUGAUUUUGUGAAAAAAUCGAAUCUUUUUAGAAAAUAUAUAUAUUUUUCUGUGUUCAUUUUGGAAAAAAGAAUUGUGAAGAAAAAUAAUUGAAAAAUGUUUGAAACAAACAUGAAAACUGCCACACAAUAUUUGUGUAUAUCCGCCCUACUACUUGCCACAUUCAGCAUUUCCGGUACCUCCUGCCACAUUUUGGAUAGCCUGCAUUUCAACGAACUCUACACUGCCAGUCCUGAUGAUUCCGUUCUAACCCUGCCCAAUGGCGAUAGUGAAUUUCUAGUUUGGCAUUUGGACAAUCCGAUUAGCUUUUAUAGUGAAAAAUAUGAUCAAUUGUUUAUCAACACCAAUGGCAUAUUGACAUUUAAUAUCGAAUUCCCAGAAUACAUCAAUCAACCCUUCCCCUUUGAGUAUCCCUCAAUAGCUGGGUUCUAUUCGAAUGUGGAUACGACGGAUGCCAAUGAGACGACAUUGAUUUCGAUCUUCAGCUCUCAGGAUCCCGAGCAAUUGCAAAAAGUCAGUGAAUUGGUGCGUUAUGCCUACAAUGAGAAAACCGAUUUUGAGGCUACCGAUUUGAUUGUGGCCACAUGGAAGAAUGUGGGUUAUUAUGAGGGCAAGAAGGAUUUGCUCAAUACUUUCCAGAUUGCUCUCAUUGUCGAUGACGAGGACACUUUUGUGCAGUUUGUUUAUCCCGAAGGUGGCUUGAAUUGGUUGCAGGCUGAAAAUGGUCCCCUGGGUUUGCCCGACAUUAGGGCUCAAGCUGGUUUUGUGGCCGAAGAUGGUCGUUUCUUUAAUUUGGAGGGAUCUGGCACCGAAAAUGCCCGUUUCUUGGCCGACAAAUCCAAUGUGGGAAUUGCCGGCGUAUGGCUCUACCGUGCAGGUCCUGUGGACUAUGAACAAAAUGUCGAGGCGCCCACCAAUGAAGAAACCUUUACCGAAUCUCCCACCGUGGCCCAAACCUGUGAGGAGGCUGGCCAACGUGUUUGCAACAAGAAUGCCAUGUGUGUCGACAAGGAAGAGGGUUAUUGUUGUCUCUGCAACUCCGGUUAUUAUGGCAAUGGUGCCGUAUGCAUCAAGGAUGAUUUACCUGUUCGCGUCACUGGUUCCCUUUCGGGAGAACUUAAUGGGGAAAUGAUUGGUGAUGGCUCCAAAUUGCAGUCGUAUGUUGUGACAGCCGAUGGCCGGAGUUAUACUGCCGUUACACCCAUCACCACGGAGUUGGGUUCGAAUCUACGUUUGGCCCUACCCCUGGUCACCUCCAUUGGUUGGUUAUUUGCCAAGCCAUUGAACAACACCCUAAACGGCUAUCAAUUGACUGGUGGUGAAUUUGUCCACACCUCCAAGUUGAGUUUUGAGACCGGAGAAGUUUUGCUUAUCAAUCAAACCUAUGAGGGCCUCAACUAUUGGGACCAAUUGUCGCUGAAAAUCGAUUUACAUGGUCAAGUGCCCAAAUUGAAUCACAAUCUAAAACUGCACAUGGCUGAAUUUACGGAAGAAUAUGAAUUUGUUUCGGCCAAUGAAUUGCAUUCCAUUCAGGGUCAUGUCAUCGAAGUGCCCGAAGAGAAUCGUGUAAUCAACUUCCAAUUGGAACAGAACAUUUACUUUUCACGUUGUGUGGCUGAUGAAGAGGCCAAGCAUGCCAUGGUCGGGCAGACAUAUUUCCAAAAGAUUUCGAAAAUCAUGUUGGAUUACUUCGAGAGGGAUCAGGCUUUGCGUACCAGUAUCUUGACCGCAGCUGGAGUUAGUGCCGUUUCCAAUGCCUGCACGGAUGGCACUGCCAUCUGUGGUGAGAAUAUGGUCUGCAUUCCCUAUGAUGAUACCUAUCGCUGUGAUUGUAUCCAUGGCUAUGCUCCACAAGUCAAUGAAGCUGGUCUGGAGGUUUGUGUGGAUAUCGAUGAAUGUGCCCUGGGUACUCAUGUCUGUGAUGAUCAUGCCUUGUGCUCGAACAAUGAUGGAGGUUUUACUUGUGUGUGCCUUGAAGGUUAUGAGGGUAAUGGCUAUCGUUGCUUGAUUAAUGGCACAGUGGCCGAUAAUAUCGAAUCGCCAGCUGCUGGCCAGAAUUUCGGUACCAUUGUCCAGGUUGUACCUCACAAAGAAGAAGAAGAAGACAUGGAAGAACACACGGAAAUACACGCCGAAGAACAUGAGGAUAGCACUGAACAUGCUGUUAACAUACAACCUUUGCCCUUGCCUCUGCCGGUAUCCACUACACCACUGCCUGUUUACAAUUCCUAUGACGACUGUUUCCACUGCUCCCCCUAUGCCGAUUGCUGGGAACGCAGAUGUAUUUGCCGCGAAGGUUUCAGCGGUGAUGGCUACUACUGUGCCAGCAACUGUGGCCUUGAUGAGGUUUGGGAAAAUGGCAAAUGCGUUAGGCUAUCAUAUGAGGAACCGGAUAUUGAACCCAGAUGUAAUUUCUUCGGCGAUUGUAACUGUGACGAUGGCUAUGAACUGAUGGAGGAUAUCCAAAUGUGCCGCUGGAUUGGCCAGUACAAUGGUGAAUCGAAACAUGAGGAUUUGGUUCCCUGUGACGUAGAAUUCAACUGCCAUCACAAUGCCACCUGUGAAUGGUAUGAAUUGGAAUUGAGACAUAUGUGUACCUGUAAAUCUGGUUACUAUGGCGAUGGUUACUCGUGUGCCAUUAUUGAUGAGUCCUGUGCUGUGAAACCCGAAAUAUGCGAUCCCCAGGCAGAAUGUAACUACAACGAGGCCUUGGGCCGUUCCGAGUGCCAAUGUAAACGUGGCUAUGAAGGUGAUGGUUUCCGUUGCGCCUUAGCUCCCGAAUGUUUGGAAGAUUUGGAUUGUGGCCUCAAUGCCUAUUGCGAUAAUGAUAUUUGCCAGUGCGUCAAGGGUUAUGAACGCGAUAUGUCCGAUAUGUGUGUUCUGGCCGGUAGCUGUGGUGCAGUGUUCUGUGGUGCUAAUGCCAUUUGCAAAUUCGAUCAUGUCCAAAAUGUGAAAUAUUGUGAUUGCAUGGAUGGCUAUGAGGGUGAUGCUGCUGUCGGUUGCAAGAGCAAGCCGGUGCCAUGUAAUGUCCAGUACAAUUGUGGUGUCCAUGCUAGCUGUGAGCCUACAGAGGAUCCUGCCUACUACGAAUGCCAAUGCCAUGCUGGCUUCAAUGGUGACGGCUAUACCUGUAUUGAGGACCAGAAUUGCUUGAAUACUCCCCAGCUGUGUGACAUGAAUGCCCAGUGUUUGUCAACCAACCAGGGUUUGGUGUGUGUUUGCAACAAAGGAUUCUAUGGCAAUGGUUCAUUGUGUAUGGAACGCAAACAACAUGAUUCCGGUUUCUUGCUGGUCUCCCAAGGUGUAGUUAUCGUACGCGUACCCCUGAAUGGCAAAAAUGUAAGACCUAUUUCUGUUGCUUCCAUGGCCAUUGGUCUGGAUAAGGAUUGUGUUGAGGGACGCAUCUAUUGGGGUGAUAUUUCGGCCAAGAAAAUUGUCAGUGCCAAGUAUGAUGGCAGUGAUGUGAAGACAUUUAUUGGUGAAGAUAUUGAAUCUCCCGAAGGCAUUGCCAUUGAUGCCAUUUCCAGACGUAUUUACUGGACAGAUUCCGUCAAGGACACCGUUGAGGUGGCCAGUUUGGAGGAUCCCAAUUUGAGAGCUGUUUUGAUUAACAAGAAUUUGGUCAAUCCCAGAGGCAUUGCCAUUGAUCCUUACAGAGAGAAAUUGUACUGGUCCGACUGGAAUCGUGAAUCGCCCAAGAUUGAAAUGUCCGAUUUAGAUGGUACUGGCCGUGAAUUGUUGUUGGGCAAUUAUAGUGUUACUUUACCCAAUUCUUUGGUGGUUUUGGAACGUUCCGGUGAGCUGUGCUUUGCUGAUGCCGGCACCAAGAAGGUGGAGUGCAUUGAUCCCUAUAGCAAGCAAAUACGCACCAUUUCCAAUGAGCUGACCUAUCCCUUCGGUUUGGUUUACACUCAAGAUCAAUUCUACUGGACCGAUUGGACAACCAAAAAACUCGAAAGUGUUGACAUUUUCGGCAACCGCCAGAAGGGCCUGCAAAUCCCCUUCUUUGGCAGCCACAAAAUGUAUGCCAUGACCUCGGUGGAGGACACCUGCUCACAAAUGGACAGCCCAUGUCAGAGCAACAAUGGUGGUUGCUCCGAUAACCGCCUGUGCUUGGUCAAUCGUAAAGCUCCCUCGGGUAAAAGCUGUAAAUGCACAGCCCAAUCGAAGCUGUGCACUGUCCCCAAUCCCUUCAAUGCCCUCUAAAGUGUACUUAAGACAUGAUGUGUUGUAGCAAGCCGAUCACGUGCCGCUAGCUAUAAAUUCAUUCGUAAUAAUUUUCGUGUAAACAUUUAUCUGUUAAAGAAAUUCAUGUAUGUAAUUAUUAUAAAGUGUAUUUUUUUUAAUUUUAUUUUUCUCUCACCAAAAUAAGAAAAAAAAAGUGGAAAACUAUUCAAUCUGCAUAUCUGACAACAAAUUGUGAAUCAUUUGUACCAUUAUCAUCUCUCCUUUUUUUACUGCAAUAAAUUUAAUUAAUUUAACUAUA